UUCUUGAAUGGACUGUUAAAUGAAUUACAUAAAUAAAAGCAAUUCAUGGCGGAAGUGCAUAUAAUUGGACAAAUACUGAAAGCUGUUGAUUUUGACGAACCACAUUUAUUCUGCAAGUGGAGUCUGCAAAGCGGCAACUCUUGGCGCUUGAUUCAGGGCGAGGUGCAGGGACAGACACACGUUGUCAGCCAUCGUCUGCAGAAUUGCUCAGACUUUGCCCAACCUCUGGACGUGCAUCUCUGUGCCGCUGCCAUUCAAGGCUGGCCACGCCUCCUCGUCGAAGUGUACGCCGUGAACGUGCUGCAACAGUGCUGGCCAGUUGGCUACGGCUUUGCCCACAUCCCUACAACGCCGGGCAACCAUCGCCUUGAGAUAAACACUUGGAAGAUUGCGCCAAGCACCUGGUGGCAAAGUAUUAGAGAACGAUUUGGAGGUGGCGGCGCAGCUCUCAGCAAAACCGAUCUGCUUUUUUCGGGCGUCGAGCGAUACAAAUUGCAGACUCGCAGUUCUGGUAAAGUUCUAGUGGAGCUCAACUUGAUCUUUCGCAAAUUUGAAGACUACGGGGUGGAGUUCAAGUAAAGGCAAUGGUGUCCCUGCUCUUCCUCUGCC